AUGUCUCAGUGGAAUCAAGUGCAGCAGUUGGAACCCUGUUUUUUAGAGCAGAUAGACCAGAUUUACGAUGACAUCUUUCCCAUGGAAAUUCGACAUCUUUUAGCACAGUGGAUCGAAAGCCAGGACUGGGAGUCUGCAUAUAGCAAUGAGUCUACAGCAGCUAUGCUGUUGCAUAACUUAUUCAUAAAACUGGAUGAACAUUUAGGGCGUGUUUCUCAGGAGAAGAAUCUCCUUUUGAUACAUAACCUAAAGAAAGUCAGGAAAAUUCUUCAGGCAAAAUAUCAAAGUAAUCCUCUACAUAUAGCACUAGUUAUUUCAAACUGUUUAAGAGAAGAAAGAAGAAUAUUGGCUUCAGCAAGUAUGCCAGUUCAGGGACCUCUAGAAAAGUCACUACAAAACUACUUGGGUUCAGAAAGGCAAAGAAAAAUCGAGCUCAAGGGUUCUGAAAUUAAGAACAGUACACAGCUGACAGAACAAGACGUCAAAUAUUUAGAAGAUUUGCAAGAGGAGUUUGACUUCAGAUUUAAAACUAUAUGCAACAUAGAACAGAAUGACAAAAACAGUCCUGUCAUGAAGCAAGAGAUGCUGAUGUUACAGGAAAUGCUCAAUGCUAUAGACUACAAGAGAAAGGAAGUUCUCAGUAAAAUGGCACAAAUAGUAAGGGAGGUUGAUGCCUUGGUGAAUAAUGUAUUAAUAGAAGAGUUAUUGGACUGGAAGAGACGGCAACAAAUUGCUUGCAUUGGAGGCCCUCUACACAGUGGGCUUGAUCAGCUGCAAAACUGUUUUACAAUGUUGGCUGAGAGUCUUUUUCAAAUAAGAAGGCAGCUGGAGAAGCUGAAUGAACUUUUGAUAAAACUCACUUACGAAGGAGACCCUAUUCCAUUACAAAGACCUCAUUUGUUGGAAAGAAUAAAUGCUUUACUUUACAGUCUUUUCCAAAGUUCAUUUAUAGUGGAAAGACAGCCUUCCAUGCCAACUCAUCCUCAGAGGCCUUUGGUUCUUAAAACGAUGAUACAGUUUACCGCAAAACUUCGGCUACUUAUUAAACUGCCAGAGCUGAACUACCAGAUUAAAGUGAAAGCUACUAUUGACAAGAAUGCCUCUACUAUAAGCAACCGCAGAUUUGUUCUGUGUGGGACUCAUGUAAAAGCAAUGAACAUGGAUGAGUCUGCAAACGGGAACCUUUCAGUGGAAUUUCGACAUUUGCAGCCAAAAGAAAUGAAAGCAAGUGGUGCAAACAAAGGAAACGAGAUUCCUCAAGUGGUAACUGAAGAACUACAUUCAAUCACUUUUGAAACACAGAUCCGCUUAUAUGGCCUAACUAUAGAUUUGGAAACGAGCUGUUUACCAGUGGUGAUGAUUUCUAAUGUCAGCCAAUUGCCUAAUGCUUGGGCUUCCGUCAUAUGGUACAACUUGUCCACAAGUGAACUCCAGAACUUGGCUUUCUUUAAUAAUCCAAUCCCUGUCACUUUGAGUCAACUCUUAGAGGUCCUGAGCUGGCAGUUUUCAUCAUAUGUUGGUCGUGGACUGAAUUCGGAUCAGCUUGGCAUGCUGGCAGAAAAGCUAACAGGGCAACAGAUUACUUCCGGUGAUUAUCAGCUUUCAUGGUCAAAGUUUUGUAAGGAACACUUGCCUGGUAAAUCAUUUACAUUUUGGGCAUGGCUUGAAGCAAUCUUGGAUCUGAUUAAAAAACACAUUCUUCCGCUUUGGAUUGACGGGUGUAUAAUGGGUUUUGUGAACAAAGAGAAGGAGCGAGCUUUGCUGAAAGACAAGAAACCCGGGACGUUUUUGCUGAGGUUUAGUGAAAGCAAUUUAGGAGGGAUUACGUUUACCUGGGCAUCCCAGUCUGAAAAUGGGGAAGUGAAGUUUCACUCUGUUGAACCAUAUAACAAAGGCCGCUUAACUGCCCUGCCAUUUGCAGACAUAUUACGAGAUUACAAAGUUAUUUCAACAGAUAACAUUCCUGAAAACCCAUUGCAGUAUCUUUAUCCCAAUAUCCCCAAAGACAAAGCUUUUGGAAAGCACUACAGCUCUCAGCCUAAUGAAGUAUCAAGACCUACAGAAGGAGGAACCAAAGGUUAUGUCCCUUCUGUCUUCAUUCCAGUCUCCAAAAUUCUGAAUAAUUCCACAGAUCCACCUUCUCCAUCAGAUCUUCUUCCCAUGUCACCAAGUGUUUAUGCUGUUUUGAGAGAACACUUGAGCCCUUCUGUAAUGGAAACUGCUUUGAAUUCUCCGUAUGCAGCUGAGUGACAUUAAGAUACUGAAGAUUUUACAACGCAGAUGAACAAGUUUGUGUGCAUUAAUAUGUGUUUAUAAGAGAAUGUUCUUAAUUUCCCUGUACUAUAAAUAUAUUUUUCCAAGUCUGUAGAGAUUCUCAGUCACA